AUGGACACGGAUCAAAUUAUUGAAGAGCUAUCAAAUAGUGGUGUAGAAAUAGAACAAGUUGUAGAAAAGAAAUUUUGUGAUCAAGAAUGUGAAGCUUAUCUACUCAUAGAUUCCAAAGAACCAUCAAAGUUAUUUAUAUGCAACAGAUUUACAUAUGUGCAAUCAUCAUCACAAUCAUCCACAAUAACUUGCGAGGCUGAAAUACAAACAGAUAUAGUUGAAAUUUGUGGCCCUGUUAAAAUUACUAAUCGUAAGAAGUUCAAGGAUUUUGAAUGUAACACAGAAAUCAAAACUUUUGAAGACAAAUGUAUUGGACCUAGUAUUGAAAGUGAAGAGGUUAAAUCAAAAUAUUUCUCUGGGUUUGAGUGUAUUAAAAAAAAACAACAGCUUUUAGAUCUUGCUGGUGUGACAUUUGCAACUUUCAAUUUUUUAUUAAAAAGAUUAAAAGUACCUAAAGCGAGCAACAGGCACAUUUCUAAAGAAGAUAGAUUGUUUAUGACAUUAGUUAAACUAAAGAUAGGCUUGACUUUUUCAGCAAUGAGUGUUUUGUUCUGUAAGGAUAGAACGACUAUUUCAAAAAUUUUCUUUUCUACUGUGCGGUAUUUAGCCAGGUCAACUGCAGAUGCUGUGUUUUGGCCAGAUAGAGUUGAUGUGCAAAACACCAUGCCACAAUGUUUUCGUACAGAUUACGGCCAAACUAGAGUUAUUAUAGACUGCAGAGAAUUUCGAGUUGAAACUGCACCUCGUGUAGAUGAUCGUGUUUUCACUUAUUCACAUUAUAAAAAAGCUUUCACAGCCAAACUACUUGUUGGAAUAACCCCAGGAGGAUUCAUCAGUUUCAAGUCAAGAGUAGCUGGUGGCAGAAAGAGUGAUUCACAAAUCACUGUAGAAUCACAUUUAAUUGAUCUGCUAGAAGAAGGAGAUGUAGUGCUAGCUGACAAAGGCUUUCCCCAAAUUCAAAGUAUCAUAGAUGAGCGUGGAUCUUCAAUUUUAGUGGUGAUGCCGCCUUUUUUAGAAAAAAAGAUAGAAUUUACUGAAGAAGAAACUACAGAGACGUACACUGUUGCUAAGUGCCAUAUUCACGUUGAAAAAAUAAUGCAAAGGAUUCGAACUUAUCAAAUUUUAAAUAAAAUAACUCACAAUUUAUUCAAAUAUAUAGAUAAUAUAGUGCACGUUAUUUGCGUUUUGGUGAAUUUACAACCAUCAAUCAUGAAAGACGAUUCUAUGGAAAACACAUAA